CGCGAACGACAUAGGACCCGGAGCUGUGCGCUUUUCUAAUCUGAUUAAUCGGUUUAAAUUCAUUUCUUAUCUAAGGGUCUUGGAGAUGGAAUCUGCACAUAUCGGAUUGAUCAGAGACUCAAUGACAAACAACCCUCUUUUAAUAAAGCCUAAACUUGGGAAGGCCAAAUCAAGAGGACUGUCCUUUCCAGGACCAGAUUUUGUUUAUGGCGCCGUGACAACCUUCCAAGAUGGUGGAGUGGCAGAGGCCCUCUCCCACUGGCACACUCCUUCGCUGUCCCUCUCCAGAUCUGCGCAAUACAGGAAGGCAGAGCAGGACUUUGUGGCGCUGAAUCGUGAAGGUGUAAAGUCCGGCCUGGUCACGGUCAAAGAGCUGCAGCACUACCGCGCCACUCAUGACAUCAGACGCCCAGUCGCUCGCAAAAGCUUCAAGUCUCCUGCGGUACGAAUACCCCAGGACAUCACAUUUGGCCGUCCUACCCACAGGCCUAACACUCCGAUCUCAGCGCUGUUGGAGUACAAGUAUGGCGAUAGGUGGGUGGAGGAGCAGCAGGCAAAAGACAGGGUGCUACUGGAACAACAGAAUAUGAAGGUUCGGCUUGCAAGGAUCCAGGACACCCGUACCACCCUCCUCCGCAAGAGCCGCCCACUGGAGAAGCCACCGUCCAUGUGGAAACUGCCCCGCUUCGAGCAGAUCGGACCGGCUCUGGACACCUUUCGAGAUCCUGAAGCACGAAAGAAGGCCAUGGCUUUACAGUUCAUGGACUCGGUAGCCAGACGAGGGCUGCUGGGACAGGGAACUUACACUGUGGACUGACAGGCUGAUUAUUAUCCGUAUAAUCCCCCGGUUUAUCCUUCAGAUAAACAGUUUUUUUUUUUUUUUUUGUCUAACAGUCUGGACAUGGAGGCAGUGUUAGUGAUAUCGGCUCAUAUCGUCAAUAAUGAUGAGUGUGAUGGGAAAUUUCGGUUCAGUGUCAAUGCCACAGCUGUUAGUGCAUCAUUUAUGCAAUAAAUCAUGGUUUUAUUUGUUGAUAUUUUUUUUUAUUUAGUUUUUUUCCUCAGUUAUUAAAAUGGUUCAUUUCUCAAACAUGUCACGCUGCUCAAUUUGAGGUUAGGGCCUUUUCCUAUACAUCACUCAAAUUCCUGGGAAUUUUGUAUGAAAUCAUUGCAUAGAUAAUGUUGGUGUAUUAUUUUUUUUUUUUUACUUCUUAGCCUACUGUUCUAUGUAAUAAUUGUAAUUAUGUUACACAGA